UGAAUCAAUUGAACGUCAAUUGAAUUCAAUCGUCAAUUGUUUACAAAUUUAUAGUUAAAUAUUUGUUUUUAAAAAUUUUCGCUAAAAAUAAAUUGAAUUAUCACUUAAAACACAUGUUUUUCGGAUCCAUUGAUGACAUAUUGAGUGCCACGUGUUUUACUUCAGUAAAAGUUGAUGUUUUAAGAUAAAAGUAGACAAUUGUUUUGAUUUUUGAUUGAUUAGAUGAUUAUUAGGACAUCCAAGUGAUACCUAACCAACCAAUUGAAGUGAAUCCGACCAUCAAAUCUGAUGAUACAAUAGUAGUGACCUUAACUGACAACACCAGCAGAUAGUGAUCACAUCACUGACCGACCAUAUGAUCGCUUUGUUAGUUAAACCCCAAUAUUUGUCGUUACCAUCAAAGAGGCAAACAAUUAUUGUCAACAAACAAUGUCUGAUGCAAACGGAGGACCCGUUGCGGUGAUUACCGCCGCCGCCAAUAACAACAGUAAUGACAGUAAAAGUAAAAACAAGAAGAAGAAGCCGACGGCUAAAGUCGAGGAUACGACUAAAGGCGACAACAAUGCCAGCGAUGUGAAGAAGAUAACCGACAAUAAACAAGCGGUCAAACAACAAGAGUCGACUACUAAAGAGCCGGCGAAAGUCAACGAUGACAACAAUGGCGGCGCUGAUGGCGAAGACAAAAAGGAUCCAAAAAAGAAGAAGAAGAAGCCGGCGGCCAAAGAGCCGGCAAAGAAAGAGGCGCCGAAAAAAGCUGGAGGCGGACCGUCAAAGAAGAUGUUGGCUCUGAUGAAGGAAUCGUUAGCCAAACAGAAAGAUGAAGAAGAAAGGCUGGAACGAGAAGAAGAGGAACGUAUCAAACAGGAAGAGGAGCUCGAAAGACAACGACUGGAAAAGUUGAAACGAGAACAGGAAAAGAAGGAUAAGAAGAAACAAAAAGAUAAGGAAAGAAAGGAACGACUGAAGAAAGAGGGAAAACUGUUAAAUCCAAAACAAAAGGCAGACAAACAACGAGCUCAGGCAAGUCUGGCCGCUCUACUCAAAGGCGGCCAAAUUAUUGUCGGCAAACAGAAAAGUCGGGACAAAGACGACACUAUUAAUAAAUCCGAUGGUAAAGUCAAGUCAUUAUUGGAACCGCAAUUGUCUGAAGAGAAAUCGGAAUCGGCUAAAGAUGACGAUGACGUCAAUGAUGCAGAAGAUGGUGUGUCCGAGGAUUCUAGUGAUGACGUGAAAGAGAAUUGGGAAGAAUCGAGUGGUGAUGAAGAAGAUGAAAGUGAAAGCGAAAUAAGCGAAGAGAAAGUGAAAAAAGUCGACACAAAAACUGAAAAUAAUAAAAAACAAGAAAUCAAAAGAAGUGAAAGCAUCACAAAAGGUGUCAAAGAUAUUAGCAUUAAUGAGGAUAAGUCAUUGGCAGACGAUAUACCGAAACGUCAAUUUCGGUCACCAGUUGUCUGCGUUUUAGGACACGUCGACACAGGAAAGACUAAAUUAUUGGAUUACAUCCGUAAAAGUCACGUCCAGGACGGAGAGGCCGGUGGUAUUACGCAGCAAAUUGGCGCCACUUAUGUUCCGCCGUCGGCUAUACACGAACAGACUAAAGGCGUGAAAGAAGACCAGAAAAAAGAACUACUUCUUCCGGGUCUUCUCAUAAUCGACACUCCAGGACACGAAUCGUUCUCCAAUCUGCGCUCUCGAGGCAGUUCUCUCUGUGACAUUGCUAUACUUGUCAUCGAUAUUAUGCACGGAUUGGAACCGCAAACUAUUGAAUCGAUAAAUCUGUUAAAGUCUCGUAAGACACCAUUUAUUGUGGCACUAAAUAAAAUAGACAGACUGUAUGAGUGGCGAAGUAAUUCCCGUAAGGAUGUCCAGGACGUCAUCAACAGCCAAAUAACGAACACUAAACUUGAAUUCAAGAAACGCGCCGAAGAUGUGAUACUUCAGUUGGCCGAACAGUCUAUCAAUGCGGCUCUUUAUUAUGAUAACCAAGAUUUUCGAUCCUAUGUCUCAUUGGUGCCGACAUCUGCCCACUCGGGCGACGGAAUGGGAAAUCUCAUAUCACUGUUGAUAUCGUUGACACAGACAUUGAUGGCUAAAAAAGUUGCAUUCGAUCCAAUCAAUUUGGACGCUACCGUACUGGAGGUUAAAGCCAUUCCCGGUUUGGGUACCACUAUUGAUGUAAUUUUGGUUAACGGACGUCUGAAAGAGGGCGACAAAAUUGUAUUGGCCGGACACGACGGUCCAUUUGUUACACAUAUUAGAUCCAUUCUUGUGCCGCAACCGCUCAGAGAGUUGCGAAUUAAAACUCCAUACCAGGAGUUGAAAGUAGUGUACGGAUCGAUGGGCGUCAAGAUUGCUGCCCACGACUUGGACAAAGCAAUUGCUGGCUUACAGCUAUUGGUUGCCGAAAACGAGCCGCAAAUCGAGAGCCACAAGAGAUUUAUUUGGAACGAAUUCGGUCAGGCGAUGAAGUCAAUCAAAUGUACAGAUAAGGGAGUCUAUGUUCAGGCAAGUACUUUAGGCUCUUUGGAAGCACUCCUCGAGUUUCUCAAGUCAUCAAAGAUACCCUACUGUGGAGUACGUAUCGGACCAGUUGUCAAACGAGACGUAAUGAAGGCAUCGAUUAUGUUGGAGUCGGCACCAGAUUAUGCAGUAAUCUUGGCGUUUGAUGUACGCAUAGAACGAGACGCACAAGAAAUGGCCGAUCAAUUGGGUGUCAAAAUAUUUAGCGCAGAAAUUAUCUAUCAUUUGUUCGACAAGUUUACCGCUUAUAAGGAUGACCUAAGAAAACAGCGACGAGAAGCCAACAAACAUCUGGCAGUAUUUCCCUGUAAACUACGUAUACUUCCCAACUGUGUGUUUAAUACACGCGAUCCGAUUGUUGUUGGCGUUUCAAUUGAAGAGGGAGUGGUAGUACCGGGAACACCGUUGGCCGUGCCUUCCAAACAGAAUCUGGAGAUCGGCAAAGUAACGUCCAUUGAAGUGAACCACAAACACGUCGAAAGUGCCCGCAAAGGCCAAGAAGUAUGUCUUCGUAUUGAACACUUUGGUUCGGAUGCGCCGAAACUUUACGGAAGACAUUUCGAUCAUCAAGACCUGCUUGUUUCGCGAUUGACUCGCGAGUCCAUUGAUUGUGUUAAAGAGUAUUUUCGCGAAGAUCUUCAAAAGACUGACUGGCAAUUGAUUAUUGAAUUGAAAAAAGUUUUCGAAAUUAUCUGAAGAAUAUAUUUUUGGACUAUAAUUACAAGUAUAUAAAUAACAACCAUUUUUUUUAUCUAUCUAUAUGUGUGUAAUCUAUUACAAAUAAA